AAAGAAACAAAAAAGUGUAUAAUGAAUGAUGUAGAGAAUAUUUAUAUUAGCUAUAAGCCUCAGGAAUUUAUAUAAAAGGCAACCUACAUCUACUCAUUCAUAGACUUAGAGUUGCUCAGAGGCAAUAGAGGCUCUAAAAUGUCUUGGUUUUUUACAGUACUCUUUUUUAUCAGUACUCUCUCAUUAGUUACUCCCUCAGAAGCUAGCCAUGAGAAGAAGCACCCAUCUGCAGUUGUUGUAGGCACUGUCUACUGUGACACAUGUUUCCAAGCAGAAUUCUCACAUGCCAGCCACUUCAUUUCAGGGGCCUCUGUUGGUGUAGAAUGCAAAGAUGGGAGUUCAAAACCAAGUUUCCAGACAGAAGUGAAAACUGAUAGCCAUGGAGUGUUCAGAGUCCAGUUGCCUUUCUCUGUGAGCAAGCAUGUCAAGAAAAUUGAAGGGUGUUCUGUGAAAUUAAUCAGCAGCAGUGAACCAUAUUGUGCUGUGGCCUCAACAGCCACUUCAUCUUCACUGCAUCUCAAGUCAAGAAAGCAAGGAACCCACAUUUUCUCAGCUGGGUUCUUCACCUUUAAGCCUCUAAAGCAGCCAAGCCUAUGUAACCAAAAACCAAGCAUUCAAAACUCCAAGGAAUUCAGUUCUCAGAAAAUCUCUUUUCCUCCAACUGAUGAGCUCACAUUUCCACCACCAACUCAAAACCCCACAAUACCUGAUCUUCCUCCUCUUCCUACGCUCCCUUAUCUUCCACCAUUGCCACAACUUCCUCCUCUCCCUCCCCUUCCAGGACUUCCUGGAAUUCCAAUUCCAGGAAUUCCAGGAAUUCCAGGAAUUCCAGUUUUACCCCCCAUUCCUGGUAAAACUACAGAGGCAGGGCAACUAACUGAUAAAAACCCCACAAUACCUGAUCUUUCUCCUCUUCCUACAAUCCCUUAUCUUCCACCAUUGCCACAACUUCCUCCUCUCCCUCCCCUUCCAGGACUUCCAGGAAUUCCAGUUUUACCCCCCAUUCCUGGUAAAACUACAGAGGCAGGGCAACUAACUGAUAAAAAAGUAGCCCACCCAGAUGCUUUCUUCCCACCAAACCCAUUUCAGCCACCAUCAAUUUUGCCUCCAAAUCCACUUGUGCCACAGCCAACUCCACUUAUCCCCAAUCCAUUUCAGCCUCCACCAGCACCAUUAAUUCCCAAUUUGCCCCCAAUACCAGGUUUUACUCCACCAGCAGGCACAGCACCAUUGAUUCCCAACUUGCCACCUAUACCUGGUUUUACUCCAUCACCAUCACCACCACCACCAUCUCUCCCAUUCCUCCCUCCAUUACCAUUCCCACUCCCACCUAUACCUCGCAUCCCUGGAAUCCCACCUGCUUAUUCUUCUUCUUCAAAGCAAACUACUUCUCCUUGAUGUUAAACAGAAGUGAUUAACUAUAUAAAUCAUGUUUAAUUAACUCUCAAAUAAUGUCUUUCACAUGUUGGUUAAGUUUUUAUGUAUAAAUUCUUGUAUGGGUUGUGCAAUUAUCAGAAGCAUAUGUAGUAGGGCUUGUAAGUUUAUACUUUGUAAGGAGCAUGUAGUGUACACAGAAUUAUUGUACUUGGAAUAAAGCUAUGGUUCUCAUCAUCCGA